GGGAAUGUAUAAAAGGCUUCAGGGAAGCAAGCGAGGACUCCAGAGGGGAGAGCACUUUGCACCAUAGGCAGAUAGCAAGAGAGAGUGCGAGAGGAGGAAGGCAGGAAUACAGAAACGCGGAGUGGGGGGGGUGGGGUGGGCGGGGGAGGCAGAGAGGGAAAGAGAGGGAGGGAGGCAAGGAGGAAGGAACAGAAAGUUUAUGUACAUAAACCUUUUUUAAAAAGUAUUGUUGCACCUGGUAGCUAGCUUUAGUGGCACAGAAAUGAGAGGUCUGUUCAGUGCUUAAAUAGCUGAGAAACAAUGGGAUAGUGCAGGAAAGUUAACAAUUAACAGUCUCAGCUUAAAUUUUGUAACUGCAGGGAACUGGAAACACAGCUGCCUCUCUCUUCAACAAAAGCAGGUCUCCUGGUUAAGAGAAAAAUUUUUCACAUCUUAAUUUCUGAAAAAUAAGCAGCUCAGAACUGAAUGAGUAUAGUUCAGUUAUGGUUUUAACCAGCCUGCUCAUAUUUAACUAUCUCUGCUCAUUUUAAAAAGAACAGCUGAGAGAAGAAUAGGGAGGCUUUUGAAAUGCCUUUUACUUUACUCUCUUAAAUGAGGGUACAGAGCAAUAAAGAGAGCUAAAGGCAUCCAGCUGAAAAGAAGCAGCAAGGAAGAUGGGUCUGCUAAGUGUGGAUUUGCUGAUCACGCUUCAGAUCUUGCCGGUCUUUUUCUCCAAUUGCCUCUUUCUUGCGCUGUAUGACUCUGUGAUUCUCCUGAAACACAUGGUGCUGUUUCUGAGCCGCUCUAAGUCUGGGCGCGGUGAGUGGAGGAGGAUGCUGACCUCGGAGGGGCUGCGCUGCGUCUGGAACAGCUUCCUCCUGGACGCCUACAAGCAGGUCAAACUGGGAGGAGAAGCUCCUAACUCCAGUGUAAUCCACAUAUCCAAGGGCAGUGAUGGUAGCAGUAGCAGCUGGAAGAAUGUUGGUAGCAAGUGUGGAACGAAAUGCCACCUUCUGGACUUUGCCAAUUCCGAGCGGCCACUGGUGGUCAACUUUGGCUCAGCUACCUGACCACCGUUCACAAGCCAGCUGUCGGCCUUCAGCAAGCUGGUGGAGGAGUUCUCUGGUGUGGCUGACUUUCUGUUGGUCUACAUCGAUGAAGCUCACCCAUCAGAUGGCUGGGCUGCUCCUGGAAUCUCUCCCUCUUCAUUCGAAGUUAAGAAACACAGGAACCAGGAAGAGAGAUGUGCAGCUGCUCAUCAGCUCCUAGAACACUUUUCCUUGCCACCUCAGUGCCAAGUGGUGGCUGACUGUAUGGACAACAAUGCCAAUGUGGCCUAUGGAGUUUCAUUUGAGCGAGUAUGCAUUGUGCAGAGACAAAAAAUCGCCUACCUGGGAGGCAAAGGCCCCUUUUUCUACAACCUGCAGGAAGUUCGGCUUUGGCUGGAACAAAACUUCAGUAAAAGAUGAAAUCCAUUCUCUACAGAAGCUGUGUUAACAGAUGUCCCUUUAAGGAGAUGCAAAAGGGAAAAAAAAGAGAACAUACUGGUUUGAAUAAAACCUUUCAGACGAUUGCAGGAGAACACAUUUGAUAACAAUUUCAAGUGAAUGUUAACGAGGAAAUGAAAGUUAAAAAAAAUCUAGCUCCACAGAUACAUUAUCUGAAAAAAAAUCCCACUCCUGCGCUUGCUGUGGGACAGAAGGGGUGAACAGGCUUCUGUGAAAAGGUGCUACUGGCAAGCAGGAAGAGUAAUAAGACCUGUCUCCUAGGAACCCCUCUCACGAAGUGUCAGCUCUGGGGUGCGCCAGAGGAAGCAUUUCUGCUUGGAAGGCAUUCCAUGGAAAGGCAGUGCUGUGAAUUUCUUCAGAAAUGCUUCUUUAGUCCCCUGUGGCCAAUGCAAAGAACCUGGGAGGAGCAGGAAGUUUGCAAUUACUUGCAUAGGAAUGGAGUGUAGCGAUUGUCUUUUCUUGGUAGAGAAGUUAUUGUUUAGGGACUACAGGAACCACCAUGCAAUGCGUCGCUCAGGCAGACUGGCUGCUCAGAUCAAGAUGAACCAUGGUCUGCUGGUAUUUGUACUCUCUGUGCACAUCUCUGCACAGCAUAUUAACUAUGUAAUGCUACCUAUAUGUUUGUAUCCAGUAGGCAGGCCUGUGCCUGCUGAGAAAUAUGUUAAAAUCUGUGUAGUUGGACCAAAAAGACAAAAGUGAUCAAAUAAGCCCAUUACCAUUUGAAAACUAAAAACUAAAAUACUUGGACUAUUUAUAACAAAACAUUGAGAACCAUCUAGAACAUGCAUCAGGAGACAAAACUCAGCUGCUGCCAACCAAACCUGUGGUUCUCAGAGCUGACAACACACAUUUAUCAAUAUUCUCUGGUUCUCAUCUCUGUUUUUUACCCCAUCUCCAUCUCUUUCUGUCUAGCAAUAGGCUUAAAGGUAAUUUCAUUUUUAGCUUUUAAAAAAGUAACUUAUUUCUCUCCUUUAUUUUUAUUUGAGAUAAUGACCUUGCAGGUGUAUUUUGGGGAUGGGGGAAUUUAUGCACAACUUUACCUCAUUGAAAUGGAAACCUAUCCUGUCAUUUACCCUGUUAAAUGUAGUCAUGCUGACUUUUGCUAUCUUAGAUACAUGAAACUAGUUUAUAGCUAGUUUAUCUGAAUAUGUUUAUAUUUUAGUUUAUCUGCAGGUUAAGUCGUUUGUAGCUUUAGAAUUGAUUAGCUGCCGUUUUGCUACCAGAUAAGCUGAUGGUCGGUUUCACUCCUGUUCUCAAAAACCUUCCCAGAAGAGAAACAGGGAGGACAAAUAGUGUGAAUUAAUGUGAAUGGGUGUAAAAGGUGGUAGAAUUUUCAUACAAAUGGGUCUGAGGAAUUAAUCUUAUGUUUAAAGAGAUACUGUGAGCUUAGAGUAUACAUUAAGUAUUUCUAAAACUAAAAUUAUUUGAUCAAGCCUAAGGAAAAGGUAGAUUUGCAAUGAACUAACCCACUAGAUCUGAAAAAUGAAAACCCAUACGGAGAUAGACUAUCCAAUUUUUCUCUCAACUUUGGCAGAAACAUGAAACAGAUAAGCAGAGUAAGUGGCAAAUAUCAAGUUAGUUCUUUCAAUUUCUUGUUCUGCCCAUUGUCAGGAAUAUGAUGUGUUGAUAUUAACACAGGAAAGAACAGAAAAUGCAUACAUAAUUAUUUCCAUUUUCACAAUGCCCAUUAAUAUUGUGUAUUUCUUCUUGCUAGGUUGUUGGUCAACUUAGCCAAUGUACAAGGAAUUUGGAAAUGUGUUUUCAAGUACAGAUCUGAAAUAAUGACAGUAACAUGGAUGAUUUCUCCCAUACUCAGAUUCAUGCUUCCCAUUCUCACAUUUUCCUCAACACACUGUUAAACAUAUACACACACACACUUACACAGUUUGGUAAUGUGCGUCAGAGAAGGGUGUAAAGAAUGGUCUUCAGAUCUCCUGGUGAGCUCCACUUCUUAGAAGGCAUGCGUCUCUGUGUGUGUGUAUACAUGUGUAUG